ACCCCGCUUCCAUAAAAGCGCCUCAUUCACUCCCCGUUCGUUAAUGUUUAUGUUGGACUUUCCGUGUUUUGAGUUUCAGACAGGACUCCACAAUCCCGUACCCGCUGCGCUUCUCCUCAAAGCGCACCUCGGACUUACUCAAUCAAAGGACUGUCGUUCACCAUGAAUCAGUUUAAACCCCCGCAGCAGCAGAGGCAACAGAGCGAGGAAAACCGGAAGUUGGAGGCGGAAACAGGGGACAGCGAGUCAAGCGGUGCUUAUGAAUGUCGGAUCUGCAGCCACAAAGCAGCGGACGUCUGCUCUCUCAGUCAACAUCUGCACUCUGUCCAUCCUGUUACCGCUCUGCCCGGCUCUGGCACAGCGAGACAUGAGGAGAGUAAAGGAACACAAGACCAAACCUCAGAGGGACAAAAGAGCCCGCCUGCAGGAAAUUCUGAAUUUUCUGAAAGGUCCAUGUCUUCCUCACCCAUGGACUCGGAAGAGACCAGCAUAAGUACAUGCAACGCAGAGAACCAGGUACCAGCAGCGGAGCAAAAAGAGACUGUGAAAAACACACCUGCUGCCAAAGACAGCCAAAGCAUUUCUCCUGCCUCCAUUUUGCCUCAGAGGAAAGCCUCAUCCUCUUCGGAGCCUACAAAAGGAAGCCAAAGUGAGGAUGCUGCCUCUUCAGGCACGUCCGGCCUCAACCAGACGCACUUUGUGUGUCUUCCUCUGUUGUCUGAGAGACUAAAGUUGGUGUGGGUGCGCUCUGAGCAGACUAAUGAGCUGGACGCUGUUUCUGAGCUAGUAGAAGCAUUUAAUUCUGUUCCCUUCCCCACAGAGCAGGAGGCCAGUGCUCUGGCACACAGAUGCUCCCUGUCCCCCAAGCGCGUCAAAGUGUGGUUUAUGAUGGAGCGCAUCCGAUAUGGAAUCAGCUGGGCAGACGACGACAUCCAGCAAACACAGCUUAAGCUGCGGCAUCUGUUUGGAGAGGAGGGGGAGGAAGAAGAAUAGGAUUAUUUAGCACAUGAAGAAAGGACACCAGAGACCCCGCACCAGGGUGUUAAACAGGUGCCUGUAUUAGACGUCUAUACGGGUUAUGCACACUACACACCACAACCAGUUUUCUCCCAGGAUGAUAC